AUGUCAGAGAACUUGAAAAGAGCUGAAUCAUUAUUCAAUCGGAUAAUGAACCAGGGGAAAGAAGAUAAAGAUGUGGGGGAAGAUACAUCAAGUCAUCAUCAUAGAGGACAUAAUCACCAUAAUCAUCAUAAUCAUCAUAAUCAUCACAAUGGGCAUCAUAACGGACAUCAUAGCAACAAUUCCAAUGGACAUAACAAUCAUCAUGGAAACCAUCAUUCUAAUGGGCAUAAUCAUUCAUAUUCAAGGGAUAGAAAACAUCAUAAAGAAUUACAAAAUCAUCCAGCUGUUAAAUUACCUAAUCAAAUAAUACCAGAACUAUCAUCACAGCAUAUAUUAACUCAUUGUUGGACCAUAUGGCACCAUUUACGAGCAAAUCAAGAAAACUAUUUACAAUCAACUCAACCUAUUGAAUUUCCUAAAUUUCAUCAACCUCAAGAAACUACCAAGUAUAUGGCUAGUAUUGAACAAAUGUGGAUGAACUUAUCGAUAUUAAAGGCACCAACUGAUGUUAUGAUAGAUACAGAAUAUUUAAUCUUCAAAAGUGGUAUAAAUCCAGUUUGGGAAGAUCCUUUCAAUAAUAAAGGAGGAAGAUGGAUAUUCAAAUUUAGUAAGAAUUCUAAGAACAGAAUAAAUUUAAUUUGGGAAAGAUUGGUUUUAAAGAUUUUAACGGGUUCAAUUAUAAAUGGAGAUUUUAAUGAAGAAACUACUGAAUAUUUAUUGGAUGAUAUCAAUGGAUUAGUUUUAAGUAUCAGAAAAGAUGUAGAUAUUAUAAGUCUUUGGAAUUCUAAUUUAGGUAAGUCUAAAAAGAUUCAAAGUAGAAGAAUUUUAUGUGAUUCAAUAUUAAAAAUUAUUCAAGAAUGUGAUUUGAUUUUGAAUGGGGAAGAUAUCGAUUGUGUGGUUGAAACAAGUGAAAGGGUAAAAGGGGUUUCAUUUGAAUAUAAACUUCAUAGUGUUUAUAAAAAAUAA